GUUUUAUUGAAAACGCAGACUGCGUGAUUCUCGCGCAUAGUUGCACACAUUGGUGAUGUCAUCACGCGAUGUUUCCAAUGCUAUGGCGUACCAGGAAGGGGAGACGCUAGAAUCCUGGCUCAAUAAAGCCACCCAUCCAACAAACCGACAGGAGGAUUGGGAGUACAUCAUCGGUUUCUGUGACCAGAUUAAUAAGGAAUUGGAAGGUCCCCAGAUAUCUGUCAGGUUGCUGGUUCACAAAAUCCAAUCGCCACAAGAAUGGGAGGCGCUUCAGGCUUUAACAGUAUUAGAAGCAUGUAUGAAGAACUGCGGGAGAAGGUUUCAUAAUGAAAUCGGGAAAUAUCGGUUUCUGAACGAGCUGAUCAAAGUUGUUUCUCCUAAGUACAUGGGAGACAGAGUACCAGAGAAGGUAAAGACAAAGAUUAUUGAGAUGCUGUACAGCUGGACAGUGGCUUUCCCCAACGAGGCCAAAAUCAACGAAGCAUACCAGACACUAAGGAGACAGGGCCUUGUAACUAUGGACCCUGAGCUCCCAGUGGACAAGACUCUGAUUCCUUCACCCCCCACACGUCCCAAGAACCCUGUGUUUGACAAUGAGGACAUGGGCAAGCUACUAGCAGAGCUUCUGAGGAGCAAAAACCCAGAGGACCUGCAGGAAGCCAACAGGCUCAUCAAGAACAUGGUGAAGGAGGACGAUGUCAGGGUUCAGAAAGUGACCAAACGCAUCCACACUCUGGAAGAGGUGGGUAUCAACGUCAAGCUGCUGAGUGAGAUGCUGUCCCACUACGACAAGGACAGGUCCUCCCAGUCAGACAGAGAGAUCAUCAAGGAACUAUACGACCGCUGCGACAAGUUGAGACGCGCUGCUUUCAAAAUGGCCACAGAGACUGAAGAUAACGACACAAGUUUAGGUGACAUCCUGCAGGCCAGCGAUGACCUCUCACGGGUCAUCAACUCCUACAAGAAGAUUGUCAAGGGACAGACCGUGAAUGGAGACAUCGAGGAUGCUAGAUCUGCAGCUGGUGAAGAGACCACAGGGAACAGUGACAACACAGAGACCUUGAUUGACCUGGCUGGCAUUGACGUUCCAGACUCCACCUCUGCUCCGCCUGCCCCUCUCCCAUUGGUCUCCGAUCCCACUUCAGCCAAUCACCUGGGGUUCCCAAUCCCUGUCUUGCCUCCUCCUCCAAAAAGGUUGGCCGGGUUGCAUGCCAGUCAGAACAGCAGCCCCAGCCACCCAGCCACCGACAAGGCCCUCAACGCUCUCUCUCUCCUUGACGAUGAGCUGCUAUCCUUAGGCCUGAACGAUCCAGUUCCUUCUCUGAACAGCCAAUCAAAACCAACGCUGAAUGAAAUAGCGAAUCCGUGGACCUCCUUACAGGCUCCUGACCCUGGCCUGGACUUGUUUGGCACUAUAGCAGGGCCAGGCCCAGUAUUUCCCCCAGUCCAGCCAGCGCCAGCCCCCGCCACGGCCCCUGCCACCCACAGCCUCCAGGACCUCCAAGACCUGGCCAUGCUGGACUUUGGAGAGCCAAAGAGUUUGCGUGUUGGCGGCGGAUUCGGGAUGGCAGCCUCUAUGGGAGCCGUAGUACCACCCUCCUUGGGGGCCAUGGUACCCCAGGUCCCCCUCUCCUCGACCUCCCUCCUCCCUGGCCCCAUGCCUGGCUCCCCUGCGUUGUCCCACACCAAAGCCCAGACGCUGAGCUCUGCCCCAGGCAGCCCCCUGUUCAGCUCCCUCUCCCCCUUCCACCACUCCUCCUUCCAGGGGGGCAGCCCAGCCAGGGGGCUAGGACCGGAGACCUCCCUGGGCAACGUGCACGUCCCCCUGGAGGCCAUCAGACCCAGUAAAGGGCUCCCUGUAACGGCCUAUGAUAAGGAUGGGGUGCGUGUGCUGUUGAACUUUGCCUCAGACUGUCCCCCUUGCAGACCAGACGUGCUGGUGUUAGUGGUGUCCAUGCUGAACACUGCACCACUGCACGUUCAGAACGUGGUCCUUCAGGCCGCCGUGCCCAAGUCCAUGAAGGUGAAGCUGCAGCCUCCGUCAGGAACAGAGCUGCCUCCCUUUAACCACCCUUCCCCGGCCUCCAUCACACAGGUCAUGCUGCUGGCCAAUCCCCUGAAGGAGAAGGUGCGUCUGCGCUACAAGCUGGCGUUCACUCUCGGAAACAGGCAGUGCUCAGAGGUGGGCGAGGUGGACCAGUUCCCCCCGCCAGACAGAUGGGGUCACCUAUAGCCACCCCCAUACACCACAGAGCUGAGCCAGGACGGGCCAAACCAACACUCCAUGAUGGGGGUGUUAACCACACAUACCCCAGAG